AUGGCUUUUUCCACAAUAAGCGCUCGCCCUUUCAACCUACAGUUCCGAAAGGCAUUGGUGUUUGUACCAUCAUGGAGAGUAUCCCUGCCUCUAUGUUCAUUUUCUUCUACAACAAUUCAACUCUCGCAGCAAAACGCUGAACCAUUAUAUCGCUACUGCAAGGGUGGAUACCACCCCGUUCACCUAGGCGAUUAUCUGAACAACGAAAGAUACAAGAUCCUACACAAAUCGGGAUGGGGCGGAUACUCGACCGUCUGGGCUGCGCGCGAUACCAGAGUUGGCCGUCUUGCACGUUCCAAUCAGCCGGGAUACCAGCAUUUCAUGAUAAUGCAAGAUUACUUUCAGAUCCAUGGUCCAAACGGGACCCAUAAUUGCCUCGUAACGGAACUAUUAGGGCCAAGUGUAGCAGACUACCUCAACGGGUGUUCAGGCCUUACAAGACUUCCCGAACCGCUUGUAAAGACAAUUGCAAAACAAACCUUGACUGGUUUGUCCUUUCUCCACGAGCACAACAUCGCACAUGCGGACCUACACACCCGCAACCUAGCCUUCACCCUCCCCACCUCCCACGAACAGGAUAUCCUCCAGAAACUAGGAGAACCCGAAACCGCUCCCGUCCAACGAACCAACCGCCAGCCCCUCGAAUCCAACUUCCCCACCUACCUCUUUAUUCGAGCUCCUAACCGCCCAAACCCCAAAUCCCCCUUCGACACCUUCCUCAUGACCCAUCCAAUCCUCAUAUCCCAAAUGCUAGAAAUGACCAGCGAUACGUUACCGCACCGUUGGCAGGAGGGAUGGCAUGCCAUGCACGCACCACACCUACUAGUUGAUAAUGAGGAGCAGUCGCUUCAGGAGUGGUUGGAGGAAGUGUAUUUUGAUGGAGAGAAGAACCAGGAUUUGAGUAAGGAGGAUACAAAGAGGGUGGGGAGGGUGAUCGGGAGUAUGCUACGUUUGGAGCCGGGGGAUAGGGCGUCGGCGGAGAGUGUGUUGGGAGAUGCUUGGUUUUAG